GUCUGGUCUCUGCAGUGGAGAAGCAUUGGUAGCCAUGGCCUCUGGAGACCUUGUGAAGAAGCUUUGUGAGGAACUGGCCUGCUCCAUCUGCCUGGAGUAUUUCAAGGAGCCCGUGAGCCUCUCCUGUGGGCACAGUUUCUGCCAAGCCUGCCUGGAUCAAGGUCGGGAGGAGGAAGAGGCCUCCUGCCCACAAUGCAGGGAGAAAGUGCAGAAAAGGGGCAUCAAGCGGAAUUGGAAGCUGGCAAACUUGGUGGAGAUCGCCAUAGAAAUGGAGAAAGAAAAGGGGAGACUCUGCCAAAGGCACCAGGAGCCCCUGAAGCUCUUCUGCAAGGACCAUGACGCCCCCAUCUGUGUGGUAUGCGACAGGUCGAAGGAGCACGAAAACCACAAAGUGAUCCCUCUGGAUGAAGCAUCAAAGGAGUACAAGGAUCAGAUUUGGAAUUAUCUGGAGACUCUGAAGAAGGAGAGAGAGAAAAUUCUGGCCUACAAAGCAGACACAGCACGAGAAAGCAAAUAUUUGCUCGAGAAAACCCAGAGAGAGAAGGAGAAGACUGUGGCUGCAUUCAUUUUGUCAUCCUACUCAGAGGUGGAAGUCAGAGACUAUCUCUGGCAGAUUCUCAGUGCAGUCGAGUAUCUCCAUGCUCAGAAUAUCCUGCACUUGGACCUAAGGUCGGAAAAUAUGAUUAUAACCGAGCCGAAUCUGCUUAAAAUCCUCGACUUUGGCAAUGCCCAGUUCUACACGCCAGGCCAAGUCAUUACCUUGGAUGGGUGUACCGACUAUGUGGAAACGAUGGCUUCAGAACUUCUCUCAGACAAAGGAGCUGUCCCUCAAACGGACAUCUGGUCUGUUGGUGUUACAGCCUUUAUCAUGUUAAGUGCUGAGUACCCCAUCCAUUCCGAGGCUGCCUGCGACUUUGGGAGACUCGUCAAGCGAGAGAAAGUCAAGCUGAACAAGUGCUACGCCGGCCUUUCUGGGGGCGCGGUCUCAUUCCUCCAAAGCACACUUUCCUCUAACCCAUGGUGA